AUGGGGCAAUCAGUAGAGCUGCCGCCACAUAAAAUCAGGAAAUCUGCAGCAGCGGCGGCGGCGGAGCCCGAGUCGACCAGUCGGCACACGUGCCUGGUGUGCCACAAGCGGUUCGCCUCCGCGCGCAAGCACCACUCGCACGAGCUGCGACACAGGAGCAAGAUGCUUGGUCGGUACCGGUGCACAACGUGCUCCAAGUGCUUCGUGCAGAAAUCGGCUCUGGUGACGCACGCGCGGAUACACACGGGAGAGCGUCCCUACCGGUGCCUGCAUUGCGAUGCCUCCUUCGGGGACGUAUCGUCCUACAACAAGCACAAACGUGUGCACAGCGGCGACCGGCCCUACGUCUGCAUCGCCUGCAACAAGGCGUUCACCCAGUCCGGUAUGUCCGACCAGUCAAACUUGCUUCUCCGUUUGCGGAAAAUGCUUGCGGCAAACGUGAUUGAAAAAGCCGAAUUUGUCAAUUGA